AUGCAGUCUUCUACUCUGCCUGUAAUUGUCAUAUUGGCCUUGUUCUAUCUUCCCUAUGCUGCUUUCGGUUCCAAGUCCUCCCAUCUAUGUAGUGAUGACUUCUUACAUCUCGAGGCCUACGUAGGGAUGAAUGAAAGACAGAGCACCAGCUGCAGGAAAUUAACAACUUUACAGGCUCAAUUUGCUUGGAACUUUUACAGAACUAGUCACAACCAAACGCAGGUCAACAUUCUCAUUGGCACAAAGAUGAUCACUGAUGCAGGGUGGCUGGCCUGGGGGGUGAAUCCUGAUCUGCCUCAGAUGGUUGGUACCAGAGCGAUCAUAGCCAUCAAGCCGCCGAAUGGAAGUAGUCCAUUUGUUAACACCUACAAUAUCACUAAAGAUACAAAGCUGUAUUGUUCAAUCCAGCCUUCAGAUAUAGGUUUGAGGGUUCAAAACAAGACAGCACAGCAUAUCACCGGGACUGGAUUCUUCACAAUAUCUGCCACGUUAAUUCUUCCUGAAAGUUACAACAUUUCACGCUUGAAUCAUGUGUGGCAAGUUGGAUAUGUUGCAGAAGGCUUUGAGCCUAUGGUGCAUUCGAAAACUCUUCAGAAUUUUGAUAGCAGAGAGAUUUUGGACUUGAAUACUGGGCAAUGUCAGAACAUUGGACACAACAGGCGGCGUCUAAGAAAGAUACAUGGGAUUCUGAACAUCAUAGGGUGGGGAACAUUAAUGCCUAUUGGAGUUAUCAUUGCUAGGUACUUCAGGUUAUACCCAUUCAAACUGGAAUCUUGGUGGUUUACCUUUCAUUACUCUUGCCAAGCUCUUGGUUACAUUCUUGGAAGCUUUGGCUGGGGACUUGGACUGCUCCUUGGACAUGAGUCCAAAUACUACACCUUCUAUACACACAGGGUUCUAGGCAUCUGCAUUUUCGGAUUUGCUACCUUGCAAGUAACCCAAAUGUUAGCCUUUCGGUUAAAGCCAACCAAGGAUGAUGAAUACAGAAAGCACUGGAAUGUUUAUCAUCAUUUUCUUGGCUAUUCAUUGCUUGUCAUGAUCCCAGUGAACAUAUACCAAGGGAUACAGAUUCUAAAACCUGAUAACACAACCUGGAAAUGGGCAUACAAUGGAAUCCUUGUGCUCUUGGCUAUGGUUGUUUUGGCUCUUGAGGUCUACACUUGGACUAAAUUCUUGUACCAAAGAAAGGGGCAGGCACGCCAGAAAACCGGUCAGGGAUCAGGAACUUCACCACAAGCAGAUCAGACACAGCAGAAAACUGAUAAUAAGGGAUCAGCAACUUCGCCACAAACAGAUCAAGACACCUCAAAACAACCAAUUUCAGGGAGUUAGAACAAGUGAUUCAGUACUGUAACUGUCAUUUCAAUUCCUUUUUUUUGGGGUUUGCUUUCCAUUUCAUACUGUUCUUCAUCUUUGGCCUUGGCUUGAAGAGUAGAAGUUUGUACUAAUUUACAUAUGAAUCCCCUUUGAUUUUUGAUUCACUGAAAGAAAGAUCCUAUAAUCAUUUAAUGUUUCAA